AGCUAUCCUUGCGUUAGCUAAACUGGAACAAAAGUCGAACCGCCGCCACUUUGAAGCUCCAAUUGAUCUGAUCAGGUCUCCUCCUCGAUCAAUUACUAGCCUGCCGGGGUGCAUUAUAUGAGGGACUCGUUCCCACCCGGCCCUUCAGGAUGUCGCAGACAGUCGGCCUGACCCGACUCGCCUACUCACGCGUCUGGCACCAUGUAUCAGCCAGCACGCCUCACCCGACCCUCAGCACGAUCAAGGCCCCCGCCUCGGCGGUGACGCCACCGUCGCUCGGCCGGCUCGCGAGCCGGAUCGCGGUGCUGCUGAUGGGCAAGCACAAGCCGGUUUGGGACCCGUCGACGGACUGCGGCGACUACGUGGUGGCGACGGGGUGCGCGGCGCUGUACACGACGGGCCACAAGAAGUGGCGCAAGCUCUACUACCGCCACAACACCCGCCCGGGCUCGCUGCGCUCCAUCACCAUGGACAACCUAAUGGAGCGCCACGGCGGCGCGGAGGUCCUCCGCAAGGCCGUCAGCGGGAUGCUGCCCAAGAACAGGCUCCGGGAUAAGAGGUUGGCGAGGCUCAAGGCGUUCGAGGGGGAUGCACACCCGUACAAGGAGAAUAUCGUGAGGUUUGGGGGUAAGGCGGUCGGGAGCGAGGGGUGGGAGGAGGCGGUGCGGGCGAUAAGAGAAGGGGAUAAGGAUAGUGUAUGAUGUUCGCCGUGAGGAGUGCUGGGGAGGGGCGAGUGGCGAGGGGCGAGGGAAGAUACGGCCGGUCGAAUGCGGCUGAGGGAAAUGGGAGCUGGGUCCGCGACUACGAUCUCAAUGAGCAAUACCUUGAGUCUGGGGAGGACCUGGCCGCCGUAUGGAUGUCAGAACUGUACGAUGAUCUCACCUGUAUCAGUAUUCAAUACACCUUAGCCUGCUGUCCUGGAUGCGUUCGUAAAGGCGCUAAUCGGACGAAUAUGGAGUAAUCUGGGACGUCAACUACAACCUCGGGCACGCCCCUUCUCUUAAGCUGUGCAUCGUGGGGAACAUCUUGUUGGGCAUAAGUUAUAUAUUAGUUGUACAAGGGUAUUGGUUAUACAAGGCCG